AUGAUAGCAUUUUAAAAAAUUUAAAAGUAAAAGUAGCUGAAAAGAAAUUCAGUAGAUAAUACUUUGAAACAAAAAUAACCAAGCUCUAUAGUCCUUGAAGGCUCUAACUAUAGAUAUAAAAGUAAGGAUGCUUUUCUUGAAGAAAAAACAUUAUAAGAUUAAAAAACCAUAGCCAAUAAUUUAUCACAAGAAAAAAUAAAGUCAACUAAAAACCAGCACAAAAACCAUAAAUUUGAGGAAAUGAAAGUCCUUAAUCUUGAGAAGGUUUAAUAACAAAAUUAAAAAUAAUUCGCAGAAGAAGAUUCUAACAGUUUAAGAAAGAACUAAAAAAAUAUAAUUUGGAAAGAUUUACUAAAUCUUUCUUUGAAUAUAAAUGGAAAUGAAUCAAGUAGAAUAUAAAAUAGAAUAAAAACUCCUUAAUGGAGAGUAACUCGUUUUCAUGGUUUUUAAACUUUUAAUAAAUCUUUAGAACAAUAUAAUGAUUAACAUCUUAAUUUAUCCAUAAAUAGCAUAAAUUAAGGUAAUGGUUUUUAAAAAUAAAGUUUAUCGCCUUCACCUGAAUUGGAUAAUAAUACCUAAUUGCAUUCAUAGCAUCAAAAUAAAUCUAAUAAUGAAAAUUUGAUAUUUGUAAGAAGAAUAUAGACACCAAAUAAAUUCUUGAAACCUUAAUUAAAAUCACCUAAUAAAUAUAAUAAAGAUAAACAGGAAGUGAUUAUAUUUUAAAAUGAAAUUCUAUAAAAAAAUACCUUUUUACUAUAAAAUUAAGAUUUGUCUAAAUCUUAUCUUCCUUAGAUUAAAAUUGAUAAAUAAAAACGAGAAUUGAGGUAGAAAGAAAUAUAAGAUAAAAUGAGAUAAUAUUUUGUAAAAAAUUAGAUAAAAUUAAAGCAAGAAAACGAUAGCUUUAUCUACGAUAAAUAUACAAUUAGAGGAUUAAGUGUUACUCCUUAGUAAAAAUAAUAAAGUUUAGCAAAUUAGUUUUGA